AUGGCCUCUCGAGAGGUUGUCAAGAAGUAUAUUUCUUGGGAGGUAAAUAAUGGGGAAAAUGCUGAGUUUUGGUCAGAUUCUUGGAAUGAGCAGGUGCCUUUAGGUAUUGAGGAGAAAUUUAAGGAAAUCAAAGAUAUUACUGAUCGUGAGUGGGGGUCGAAGGUGGCUGAUGUCAUAAAUGCUAUUGAGAUAUUCUCUAGGAAAGGCAUAUGGAAAGAUCUGGCUACUCUUCCUCUAAGUAGGUCUCAGUGUAGGCUUCUGAGUAGUAUUUUGCAACAAAGGACGGUUUAUGUGUCAGAUAAGGCCGAUAAACUAUUUUGGGUGCCUUCUAAAGAUGGGUGUUAUUCCAUUAAAGAGGGCUAUAGGGCUCUUCAAUGUAUGGAGGAGAGUCGUAUAAAGAGCAGGGUGUAUUCAUUAUGCUGGAACAACAUUGUGUUGCCAAAAGAAGGAUGUUUUGCAUGGUUGGCGGUUAGGAAAAGGAUUUUGACAAGUGAUAAACUUGUUAAGUUAGGUAUUGUGCAACCAUUUAAAUGCUCUUUAUAUGGUAUGUAUGAUGAGACAGGAGAUCACUUACUUUUAAGAUGUGAUUUUGCUCAGCAAUGUUGGGCUUUUGUGUGUGAAAAACUUGAUUUUCCAAUACCAUUCUCGGAUAAGUUAUGGAAUUUGUUUGAAUCGUGGCCUACAAUAAAUUCAAAUUCUAUGUUUGCUGGCCUUUGGAAAUGUAUUCUUGCGGCGGUUGUGUGGGCUAUUUGGUGA